GUGCCCUCUGCGCCAUUGGCAGGUAUCGACGGAUCGACGGGCCUUCACGCAUAGCCGCUGCUCGUCUUGCUCCCUACGCCGUAUCCCCAGCCUUUUCAACGAAGCCGAAGCAUAAAAAUGGCUAGCGUGGACGGGGUAAACAGCAGACAAGAGCACGCUGCCUUGCACGCCAUCUCGAGCGACAACGAGAAGACGUUGAGCCGGGCCGCCUCAUCCCGACUGGACGUCUCGGACCUCUUCCAAGGAUCAGAGCUCCCGCCUCGCACCUCCGUCGAUGAUCCCAGCUUCUGGGAAGUCGAGACGUCAAUCGCUUCUGAGACCCAGUCAGUCGAGAUCAUCGCUCCUUCAACGCCUCUACCACCAGAGGACCAACAUCCAAAUGAGUCCGACAGCGACCAGGCGUCCACGCCUACCGGGUAUGGUCUGCGCCACAGUGACGGCCAAACUCCCGGUCAUCCGCCGACUCGCCAGUCUAGUCGCCCUUCACUGCGCGGCUUGCCCCACAGUUCAUGGUCUGUCGAGUCGCUCCAUACCCAAUACAGUAAUGUGCGGUCGAAUCCAAACCAGACAUCACCUUCUCCCUCCUCGCCGUCGUCUUCUUCACCACCCGAGAUCAAUGGUGAAACCCAUUCUCGCGACCACCGAUAUCAACUCGGCCUCUUUGCCGCCCUUGAAGGAAUCAUCAAAGCUGAUGUAGCGGUCCAGACUGCGAAGGAGGCAUUGACUGCGAUGCUAGAGGCCAAGGCAUCCAGUGGUGGUCUUUGCCCAGGCUGUGUCGUGCGACUUCAUGGCAGUGGCAUCUCUGCCGCUGCUCAGAAUUUCGUCAAUGGCAGGGCUGAGCCUGCUCUGCCCGGCUUAGACUCGAAUACGAAUAGCUCUGCGCAGCCACACCAGCCCUCACUACGCACCUCCUCUGCGUCUUCCUCGUCGAGCAGCGGCGCAUCUCACGAGGAUGACAUGGGCGACCACCUCAUGGCGGAGAGCAGCGUCGAGUCAGCAGCGCAAAGUCCCAUUCCUCCAGUCGGCAGGUCCGGGCUGCGCUCCUCUUCUCUGUCCUCUUCCACAGCGCCAGGUCUUACGGCUUGCGGGACCUCGGACCUCGCAGCAUCGUCCUCAUCUCCCACGAAAACCGCCGAGAAGAGUCUCACGCGUGCCGAAGAAGAGUUCCGCGAUUUAGUCAGGGACUGGUCGCAUAAGGAUACGAAUGGUGUACCCUCACCAUCGUCUCGGGCUAGCAGCCAGCCCCAGGCGCCGUUCAUCUACGACGUGCCCUUAACGAGUCAGUGGUCUCCAGACGACGAGGAGCCGACGAUGCUCUUUCGAAGCGGCAAGAAUCGCGAGGCAAGGCAGAAGUCGCCUGCACAGGGCGACUUUGAAAGCGCUCUCUCGCGUCUUGCGCCGGCUGAAGGUGUCAUCCCUUCUCACUUCAUCGAUCACUCCGGUCGCUACCUUAACCUAGGCGGUGGCAGCGGGAGCAGCACCGGCUCAGACAAGGUCCGAAUUGUGCAGAUCCCCUCACCCGUCGCCGCAUCAGCUUCCAAUCCUCUACGCCGCAUGUCCUCAGACGACGACUUUGCCUCACGAUCCUCGCACGGCGGCACCAUCAGCGCUCAGCCGUCACUGCGUCGCAUCUCAGAGGACGUCGAGAGGGAGGAGGCAGCCAGCAAAGAUGAAGACCAGGAGAAAGAUGACGUGCUCAGCUCAUGUGAGGCUUCGUCUGAGCGUGCGACUUCACACAAGUCGCUGCCUUCUCCGCCUCUGCCCCAGACCGGCGACGAUGUGGUCGUGGAGUUCGACUCUCUACGCACCCCAGUCUCCUCGCCACCAGCUCUGUCUACAGUGCUCGGAACGCCUCGCAAGGCGACUUCAGCAACUCUACCUACCAACGAUGACAUCUUGCUCUCUCCCUCGUCGUCAUCUUAUCAAGGUACGCCAGCUGGCACUCGCGUACUGGGAUCAAUGAUUCAACACGAGCUCAAUAGGCCGGACUCAAUGAUCACGAUGACAGAGGCCGACUCGCCAGCGGCACCCCCUGGCCGGCACAGAGCAUUCAGCUUCCCUCCGGUGUCCUCCGCGCUCGCCUCACGCUGCCCCACGGCGGCAUCUGCUGUUGCCCAUCACGAAGCAGUGCGAGGCAGCGCAAUCCAACGCUGGACGUCCUUAGUUAACGCGCGGGCCUCCGCCGCCCCAUCCAACUCGCCACCUCCCGGCGACUUCUCGCCCGAUCGCCUCGUGGCCUCACGCUGGAGCUCUUCCACCUCCAACUUCGACCUGUCCAACUCGAACGCGGGCUUCCAGCUGCGCUCCGACCUGAGUACUGACCUCGCCUUUGGCAGAAGCCCAGACCACACAGCCGAGCUGAUCGACAUAUCUGAGAGCUUGAGCGCUCAUGCCCACUCGGAUGGUGGCCACCCCUACUUUCUCCCGCUUCGUCGGAAUGAUUGCGGCCCCACUCUACUCGCCGACCCCUCUCUGCGACCCCUCUCCCUCCGGGGAGAAGAGAUCCCACCCGUCACUGCCAAUCUCAAGGAGCUACGUCGCCUAUCUCUCGGCGGCAAAUCGCUCAGUACUGUCAUCCAGGAAGCGGCAGCCGCGCUCAAGAGUGAGCAGAGCACGCCGCACGGGCAUGAAGACGUGAACCCGAUGCUGCAGGUUGAGCUUCCUCGUCGACUCUCGCCUGGCAGUCUGCCCGUCGAUAUGCCGCCCGCUCAAGCUCAUGCGUCUCAAUCCUCAAUGGAUAACGACGUCGUCCUCUGCGCUUCUCCGCAAGAGCUCACCACUUCGCAGAGCGACGGCCUCGAGCUUUCCCCUUCAUCCCCGGCCGGCUACUUCGACGGGCUCUCAGCCGGCUUAGCCGUGAGUUCUCGCUCCGAAGCAGCGAUGGCGACGUCGUCAUCAUUGGCUUCGACCGGCUCAAGCCAUUGGCUGGGCAAGCGCCUGCAGAAGGCUGCCUCUCAUUUCUCAAAGGGAGGCCACAUGCUUAAUCGCGUUCGUCCUCACUCUCGCUCAUGCGAAGACGUGGCGCCGGAGAAAGAGAAUUCACAUCGCGUCGCUAAAGAUGAGGUCGAGUGCCCAGCUGAGCGUGCAGGCGGCACCAGAUUCAGCGAGAUGAUCGAGGAGCUCCUGCCCUCAAAGGCAAACCUUGCAACAUCGGAACGCUCUGUACGACGCAGCGAGCUCUCGUCUCGAUCAGCGGCCUCGUCGUUCAUCUCGCGCCAGCUUGAGCGGGCUUUCCUUUCGCGCAAGGCCUAUCACGAGGACGUCCUUUUCGAAGAUCGAGCAGCAACAGCAGCAGCAGAGUAUCAAGAACGUCCCGCCAACUCCUCUUCCUCGGUGCCGCAGCUGGAGUCGGCAUCGGGGGAGACGACACCUCGCCCACAUGCAGUCUUGGGCACGGCGGAUGUUGUAUCUUCCUCUUCUAUACCUUUGCUCUGCGAAGAGCCAGUCGAGGAAGCCUCUAAGGCGUCUGGCUACGAUAGCCCCGAGCUGCAGCAUCUUGAGAGGAGCGGCACGGGAUCUCUUUCCGGCUGCGGCGACUACAAGCGAGGCUCGAUGCUCUUCUCUCUGCCGCCAUUGUUGCAGGAUAACAUCAGGCCUAGCUUUGAUGAGAGGGAGAGCGGGGAGGAGGAGAGGCGUGACGGUCAGCGGCGGCAUGGAGUGCAGACCCCAUCUGAGACGAGUGCAGGGAGCUGUCGAUCUCCGAAUGAAGGCCAUCACCAGGAUGUCAGCGCUCGCCGCGGCUCAGCGACCAGCGGGAAUGUUCCACCAGGCCUGCAGGCUCAUGGUGAGGCUACCGCUGCGCCUCUCCUCAGUCGUAGGAUGAUGAAGCACAACAGCAGCGUCUCCUCAGACGUGAAUACGCUCGGUGGGGCCAGCAGUUCCCACUCGAGUUCUACUCAUCGGGCGAAGCAGCAGGACAGUUUUUCGCGCAGCUUCCCCUCGCUACCUGCGGCUCUCCCGCGAGGCCGGAGGAGAUCGGAUCGCUCGGAUGCGCCCUCGCCUGUCGAGAGAAAUCAUCAAGUGAAUGCUACACUCCCAUCCUCGUCGGCUUCGCCCGAUCCGGCGGCAUCUAGGAUGCUCUCGCGUCCAGCAGUAGCGGCCAAGCCUCAUGGUCGGCUCACUCAGCUCUCCCUCUCCUCACUGUCCUCCUUUGGCAGCGUCGGCAGGCACAAACGCCUCCCCGCCUCCCCUGCUAGCAGCAUGCAACCACCGCCGCUGCCAUCCAAGCAGGGCCAUGAAGCCUCCGUCAGUGCCAAACAGUUGAAGCCUGCUCCAACACAAGCACGCCGCCCCUUUUCGUCCUCAGGGAGCAGUAUGGUCAGUAGUAUAGGUAGCGCGAGCAGUAGGAGUCGCCGAGCGACCGCUGCUACGAAGAGAUUGCGUAUCCCUUCCUUUGGCUUCGGAGGCUCGUCCAGCAUGCUGCAGGAGGUUGCCGACGCUGCAAGGAGGUCAAGCUCCACGACACCAACGCCCAGGUCCAUGGCGGGGCUAGCGAGCAAUCAUGCGACAUCGCCCUCUCGUACUGGCGUCACUGCCGUAGACUCGUCACAUGUAGCGGCGAUGUCAGGCUCGGGCACUGCCAACGCGACCACACGCUGGUCUUCCUACUUCCCGCGUAUGGACUCACUCAAGCCUGUGGAGAUGUCGAAGCUCCGUCGACCAGCAACGUCUACUGCCUCGUCGAGCACCUCUCCACCCUCACAGAGCCACAACCAUCGCUUCAACACCUCCACGACGGCGACAAGCCCCGUUGAUCCUCAGCAAGUCACCCGAGCACCAGCCCCCCCGCCUUUCUUCUACUCUCGGCCUCAGAUGGCCUCGCCUCGGACUGAGAGUAAAGAGCCCGCCGAUGAAGCUACUCGGCCGGUGCACGGACAGAGCCAACAGCAAGGCGCAUCCUCGAGUCCACCGGCGCACCGUCUUCCUGCACCGCCUGAACGAGCAUUGAGCAGCGGCAGAGCUGAGUCUUCUCUGACUGCACCGCUGCCCUCGCCUCCCAUCAAGGAUGGCAGGCGUGUUUCUUCUGUCUUUCCGCCAGCUGCACCGGCUUCAUCGUCAGCGACGUCGACACUUCCUUUGCCUACCAGGCCAGCCCACCUCUCUUCCUCCUCGUCCUCAACGGCGGAGGCCUCGACGGCUGCCGUGCAUUCGCCAGUUCAUCAAUACCCUCAACGAUCAGUCAACCUCUCCUCACCCUCUACACGCCACCCUUUCCCAGUGCUGCCACGCUCAUCGUCCCUCUUACCCUCACCCAGCCGCGAUCCGCACUCUUCCACGCUCACCGUGGCGAACUACAGCAGCUCAAUGGCCCCCUCACCCAGCACGGCUUCAGCGUCCAGCUCGGCUCGGAACGCACCGCGGAAAGCGGAAAGGGAAGUGCUCCAGCAGUAGAUGGUUAUUGAGGGGGAGAUGAGAAGCUACUUUGAUGGCGAAGGGGAGGCAGAGGGGAAGCAAGGCGGAGUCAUCGUAGAGUAGGUUGAGCAACACAGUAGCGUGGCCCACAGGGGUGGCGGCACGUGAGCAAGUGUGUGGCAUGCACCUCAGAGGUUGCUACGAAGGCCCUCAUCACCAUCGUCGAGUCUUCACCGAUUAUUUGCUGCUCCUGGCCACCCCGUCCGAUACCCAAGAAGAGCGGGGUCUUUACGAAUAGGCGCGUGCGUACUACCUGUCAUCCCCUCCCUAUCUUUCUACUUGUUAAUAGCCAUCACUCGCUCGACUCGGCAUCGAUAUUUCGAACUGCAUUCAUGCCCUCAAGUCCUCCGAGAGAUGCCUUUGCUAUGGCGGUGUGGCCUCAUGGAUUUGGCAGUGAGGCGCGGCGUGGGGGCCCACUCGUCUCCCCCC